GGCGGCAUUGCGCCAACUAUUGGACUCGCGAUAUAUCAGAGUGAGAGUGUUGCGAACCACUUCUCUACCAUCGGCUAUCUCAUCCCAAUAAUGUCGAUUCUCACCAUUCCGAUCGCUCCACGAGCUCGAUUCUUCCAAACCCUUCUAGUUACAAUGAAGAUCUCAACUGGCUUCGCUAUUGGAAUCUCUUACUUAUCAAUGUGGUGUUCCGUUCGGGCUCGAGCAAAUACGACCCAUAUUCAGGAGGCGAAAGGCGGUGGUCCAGUCUCUGGUGCUACCGUCAGUCCGUUUAAUGCCGCUUCUAGUGCUAAUAUGGCUAUCUGGUUUUUCUUUGAGGUGUGGAUGGCCAACACGUUGGUUUGCAGAUACCCCAACUGCUUGCUCUCUAAUUGA